AUGGAGCAGGCUGGUCCAACAUUCAUAAAGUUAGGACAAUGGGCCGCGUCUCGAACAGACAUUUUUCCCACCGAGAUGUGUGAAAUGAUGUCGAAACUACACUCUAAUGCUCGUCCCCACUCACUACAUGAAACAAAGAGAAUCAUAAGUCAUGCUUUCGGCGGCAGGCCCUUUGAAGAUAUAUUCGAAGAGUUUGACGAAACUCCUCUGGGAAUAGGAGCCAUAGCCCAGGUUUAUAAAGCGAAACUAAAACCUGACUUCAUUCCGUAUUUAGACGAUUCAGUGGAAGACAAAGGGAAAUAUCGUAGAACUAUAGGCUGUUUUUCAGGAUUGCCACUACCACACGAAGUUCCUUCCUCUUACGUAGCUAUCAAAGUUCUUCAUCCUCGAGUGGAGAAGACUGUUCUCCGGGAUUUAAGGAUUAUGGCUUUCUUUGCAGCAUUGUUGCACUCUGUCCCUACCCUCGAAUGGCUGUCCUUCCCAGAGGAGGUUGCACAAUUCAGCGGAAUGAUGCGACUGCAGAUGGAUUUACGAAUCGAGGCUGCCAAUCUCUCGAGAUUUCGAUCGAAUUUCAGAGACAGAGCUACAAUCAUAUUCCCAAUGCCAUAUAGUCAUUACACCACCGAGAGGUACUGA